AUGACUGUCGACAACCAAAACCCUCUACUUUCGACGCAGAAGUCUUCAGAUUCUGGGCUUCAGGUAGCUCUACAUCCCCUUGUUCUUCUCACAAUUUCGGAUUAUAUUACAAGGCACACUCUAAGACAACAAACAGGGCUUGUAGUUGGAGCACUCUUGGGCCAACAGAAUGGUCGUGAAAUUACCAUUGAGCAUGCAUUUGAUUGCCUCCUUGAAGAAACUGAGGACAAUGAACUGAGACUGUCCCCAGCAUGGUUUGAGUCGAGAUUACAGCAGAUGAAGGAUGUUCAUAAAAGCCCUGCACUCGAUCUUGUUGGCUGGUAUACUAUCAUUCCUACAUCUGGACCACAACCUAUCCACCUACCCAUUCAUCGACAAAUCCUACAUGUAUACAAUGAGUCUGCUAUUUUACUUGGGUUCCAUCCUGAAGAAGUACUUGGUGGUGCGGUUGGCGGAAAAUUACCUCUCACAAUAUAUGAAAGUAACUACGAGGCUGAGGAAAGCAGUGCAGAAACUGGGGAGGAUAAGGAAAUGAAGGAUGGGGAAUCACAAGUCAAGCUUAGAUUCAAGGCGCUCCCAGUUACUAUAGAGACUGGUGAAGCAGAGAUGAUUAGUGUUGAUUUUGUGGCCCGCGGUGGAGGAAACGCUACAGCUGUAGAUGGAACCAGCAAAAAAGUUGGGCUCACAGAGGACGGGGGCAUGGGCAAAGGCAAGGGCAAAGGUAAGGAGAAAUCCGAAGAUCCUGUUCGCUCGGGGACUCCAAAUCGUGAGGAGAACAGUCUAUCACGUGAAGACGAAGAGCAGAUUGCUUCCUUGACUGCAAAGGCGAAUGCUAUCAAGAUGCUACAAUCUCGAAUCAAUCUGGUUGCCGCUUACCUUCAACACCUCCCACCCUCCUACGUAUCCGACGGCGUUGCUACAGAAGCCGAAAUCAAUUCUGAAAAAUACAUACCAGUCAACCACUCAAUUCUUCGCUCCACCCAAGCUCUUCUCGGUCGUCUCGGUGUUCUCAUACCCGCCGAUAGUCAAGGUUUCGAACAUGAACUCAUCUCCGAGAGAAACGAUGUCAAUCUUAUUUCCCUCCUGAGUGAACUCACCAGUUCAGUCCAUGAAAUCAGAGAAUUAGGAAAGAAGUACGCCGUUGUAGAAAAUGGAAAGUUGAACAAGUCGAUGAAGUCAGACCGUAGUAUGGGUUGGAGCGACCACCAAAAUCACCCUAUGCGAGACGUAAUGAAUGUUGGAGAUCUUAUGUGA